AUGGCGUCCCCCUACGACACGUACCAGACGUCUCUGACGACGCGGUACUGCAGUGCCGAGAUGUCGCGCCUCUUCAGCCAGCGCUCCCGCCACUCCCAGUGGCGCAAGCUCUGGCUCCUGCUCGCAGAGUCGGAGCGCGAGCUCGGCAUCGACACCAUCACCCCAGAGGCCCUCGACCAGAUGCGCCAGCACCUCACCGUCUCCGACCAAGACUUUGAGGUCGCCCGCGUCGAGGAGAAGGUCCGCCGCCACGACGUCAUGGCCCACGUCCACGCCUUUGGCGCCGUCGCCCCUGCCGCCGCCGGCAUCAUCCACUACGGUGCCACGAGCUGCUACGUCACCGACAACGCCGAGCUCCUCCUCAUGCGCGACGCCAUGGACCUGCUCCUGCCCAAGCUGGCCAAGGUCAUCUCCAACCUGUCAAAGUUCGCCAUGGAGUGGAAGGCGGAGCCAACCCUUGCCUACACUCACCUUCAGCCAGCACAACUGAUCACGGUCGGCAAGCGCGCUGCCCAGUGGGCCCAGGACCUGGUCAUGGACCUCGAGGCCAUCGAGCACGCCAGAAACGGACUGCUCCUCAGAGGCGCCCAGGGCACCACGGGCACACAGGCCUCGUUCCUCGAGAUCUUCCACGGCGACGGCGCCAAGUGCGACCAGCUCAACGAGCUGCUGUGCAAGAAGACGGGCUUCUCCGGGUGCUACGACAUCUCGACGCAGACGUACACGCGCAAGGUGGACAUGCUGGUGGCCAACGCCAUCUGCGGCCUGGGGGCGAGCGCGCACAAGAUCACCGGCGACAUCCGGCACCUGGCGGCGUGGAAGGAGGCCGAGGAGCCGUUCGAGUCCGGGCAGAUUGGGUCCUCGGCCAUGGCCUACAAGCGCAACCCGAUGCGGUCGGAGCGCGUGGCCGCCCUGUCGCGCGAGCUGCUCUCGCGCCAGGCGACUUUUGCCAACACGCUGGCCACGCAGUGGAUGGAGCGCUCGCUCGACGACAGCGCGGUCCGCCGCAUCGACAUCCCCGAGAUGUUCCUCCUGGCCGACGCCAUCGUGGGCAGCCUCGACAACAUCACCAACGGCAUGGUCGUGUACCCCAAGCGCGUCGCGGCGCGCGUGCACGAGGAGCUCCCCUUCAUGAUCACCGAGAGCAUCAUCAUGAAGCUCUGCGCCCAGGGCGUGUCGCGCCAGGACGCCCACGAGGAGAUCCGCGUACUCUCCCACCAGGCAGGGCGCGAGGUCAAGCACGAGGGCCGCCACAACGACCUCGUCGACCGCAUCAAGGCCACAGAGUUCUUCAGGCCCAUCUGGGGCGAGAUCGACGACAUGCUCCGCCCGGAGCUCUACACCGGCCGCAGCGCCCAGAUUGUCGAGCGCUACUGCGGGCCGGGCGGCGUCGUCGAGAAGAAGAUCCAGCCGUACAAGGCCAUCUUUGAGAACACGGCCACCACGGAGCUGCACGUGUAG